AUGAAUCCUUUCCUAUGUGCCAAUCAAGGACAAGGAGAUGCGCAAACCGCAUGCUCCGAGAAGGGAACUAAAUUCUGUUCUGGUUGCAAUUUGAUAGUGUACUGCAGCAAAGAAUGCCAGAUAUCUCACUGGACCAUCCACAAACUAGGCUGCAAAAGCCCUCUCCGCAAACCCUCAUGGAAACCAGCUUGGGAACUUGAGCAGCGUAGGCCUGCUUUCAUAGAUUCUUCUAACGACAACGGCCCUACACCGGUGACCUCGCAUGGUGGGAAGAGAUAUUUAUGGGGGAAUAUGCCUGCAAUCGACUUGCUUCAGUUGGCGGAUAAUGAAGGGAGCAACACAACUCAAGACCUUCAUUUGCUUCUGGCAGCCUCUGGAGAUCCCAGAAACUUCAUCAAAACCAUCACUUGCCUUCCCGAUGAAUACCAGGGACAUAUCCACGUUGAUAUCAAUGAUAGAGACGAAACGGUGGUGGCCAGGAACCUUUUGAUAAUCCUGAUUGCACUCAAUUUCCCUGUUGAAACUGCCAGCGACAUGAUCCUGCAUGUUUGGUACUCUGCAUUCCUGACUGAAUCAAUCACUCAAUCAAUCAAGGAUACCAUCCUUCCAAUAAUCCAGAACGUUUUGGCCAAGGGAACAUUAGGUGCGACAUGGACAUAUCAUAGCACCAAGCUAAGUGCCGAGCUUGAUAGGAAAACAUGGGACCUCCUGCUUGCUUAUUGCCAAGGAAAUCACACUAUUUCUUUUGAGGAUGCGACUCGUUUACGGAAAUCAGUGACCCUAGGCCCCAGUCGACAAGACUACAGAGACAGAGCGAUGUUUGCUCUACCCCCUUCAUGGCGCGUUGCAAAAGCCAAGUUUCGGGCAGACGGGAUACUUUUACCGUUUGGCGCAUCAUCCGGUGAUUUCAAAGUACCGAAUCCAAUCUUCUUCCAUGAUCGGACGUUAUGGCCAAUGCCGGAUUCUGCAGACCCCCUUCAUGGAUGGAAGCUCGACGAGGUGUUGCAGGAGCCUCAUCUAGCCAAAGCCGACCUAUACGGGCUUCUGUAUCUCCAUGUUCGGAAGUAUCUGGUAAAGUUCUGCGAGAGAGUCUGUAAUCUGAAGUUGAAUGUUUCUUUCUUUUGUAUGGAUGCGUUGGACCUACCCAACCGAAUCGAGGAACUUGACGAGGAGAGGUUAUAUGAUCGUAUUGAGCUCGCCAACAUCGCCGACCGAGCAUACCUAGGCCCUAUACAUACAAUCGGCCUCUACGGCCCCCUCCUCAAACAUCCAGCCCAAAACCCAGAAGCGACAUUGAUCACCCUCUUCCUCAACGCCUCUCACGAAGAGUCAAACCUCAAGGAACAGCAGGAGAACAUGGCCAAAUCAUUCGAGACACUGCAACAAUUCCUUCCACUUAAUCCUGCAGUGGCUUCUUCCAGGAAUAGGUACAGCGCCGAAGUUCUCAACUUUGGUAACGCGCAUGAUCUUUUGUUGAAUAAUGAUCCUGCUUUCAAAAGGUAUAUGGAAGCUUUCAAAUUCGAGGAGCUUGGGAAGGCGUUUGGGGUGGAGAUGAAGUCGAGACAUACUAUUAUUGGGAAAUGGCCGAUGAAGUUGCCCAGGCGGUCAACGAAGCGUCAGUUUGAGAUGAUGUAUUGGUCUGGACAUCAGGGGUCGGAGAGAUAUGUUGAAUGGCGCAAGACUCGAUGA